UCUAGGUUAUAUUAACAAGCAAAGUAUUAACGUUUUACACCACGCUUUUUUAAAAGCUGAAUACCAGGAAAAUCUACGCGGAAGUAAAUUAUUUUAUUCUAACGGACGAGAACUUUGAUCAUGCAAAACGAUUUUGACUCUUACAUUGUAAUGUCACUUCAUGAGCAAUGACGGACCCUUUGGCAGAAUGGGUAGAAGACAGGAAAAGCACAAUAAUAGAGUUGCGAAAUCUUGCUGGGAAAAUAAAACUUCAUGCCAAGAAAGCAAAAGUUGCUAGUGCUUUUGGCGGAGGAAUAAGUAUUGUUGCAGGCAUUGGAGCAGCUGCUUGUUACUUUUUAACACCAAUCACUUUAGGUGCAAGCGUUGUACCUGGGAUAGUCCUUACAGGAAUCACAAUAGCCGGAGGUGUAACUUCCGUAGGCUCUUCAGUAACGAACUUUUUCAUCGAAAGGGGAUAUUUAAAAAGUGUUCAAGAGGCUCUAAAUGAAGAUAGAGAAUCGUUUAAUUGCUUCAAAAAGGCUGUUAAAAAGGCUAAAGCAGUUACCGUUGGGGAAGGUGCUGUGUAUGCUUUCAAAGUUGGUAAAGGUAUUCCAGGUAGUAUAAACGUUGCUUUAUCCAUUGCUCGAAAACUCACAGUAUCAGAAAAAGCUGCAGCCAGUCUUUUAAAACUCGGUCGGACAGCACGAUUUGCCGGUCACGCAGUUGCAUUUAUUGCUUUGCCAUUAGAUAUAAUCUUUUUUGUAAAAGAUGUUAUAGAUUUGAACAAAGGAAACAUAUCAAAAGCUGCUGAAAAAGUUCUUGAAUUAGCAGAAAAUUUAGAGAAAGAGCUAAAUGAGAUACUAGCUGAUUCUUAAACAGUGACAGACGUUUACUAAACAGGAUGUUUGUUUUUUUGUUUUUUUGGAAGACAAUAUUGGUUGAUAUUGAAAAAUGUCACUUUUGAGAGAAAUUCAUCAUGAUAUAAAAUAAUAAAUCAUUAUGACUUCUUACUUUCGCGAGAAUUAUAUCGUUGUUAUAAAGAGUUUUUGUUAUACUGAGGGUCGUUCUGCAGUGGUUGCAUUAUGAUACAUAUACAUUCUAUAAAUUAGUUUCAGUAAGAAUAAAGAUUUGACAUAAUGAUAGUUCUAAAGAAUAUACAAGUAUGUACAGAAAGUUCGUUAAGAUAGCAUCAAAUAUUAUAGAGAUACUAAGUAACUAUUUAUUGAACCUUCCAUUUUGACAAAAUAAAUGCUAAACGUUUAAUUUGAAUGUGUUAUUUAUAACCGCUAGUUAUUUAUUGAAUGUCUUUCAAAUAAUUUGACCAAGGUGACCAAAACAAACAGAAACAAGAAUAUCACAAACACAGUUUGGGUUUGAAUAAGCAUAAAUUAUACAAUUAUUUGUGUUCUGCUAAAUGCAAAAACAAAUCAGAAAACCAACCUAUAACAAUUAACUGCAGUUGUAACACUAUAGUCUGCGUGUAUACAAAUCUACUUUAAUGUACAAAUGUUAUCGACCGUGCAACAAUUACUCUAUAAUUAUAUGGAUUGCAUUUCAGUCUUUAUUGUCUUGUUUGGCAUGUGUUAAUAAUAGUGUUAUAUCAGUAGUGAUCACGUAAAAAAGUAAUAUCAAACCUGGCAAUACUUGAAGUUUUUUGUAUUCACUUGUAUCGAUAGUAUGUGCAACUUUGACAUGUCUUUUAUAUAUUGAUAAUUUAUAACGCUCGUUAACUUUUUUGUUUUUCUGUUUUUGUUUUGUUUGGGUUUUACGUUUCAUCGACACAGUAUAGGUCAUAUCGCGACGUUCCAGCUUUUACUGGUGGAGGAAGACCUCAGGUGCCCUUCCGUGCAUUAUUUCAGGCACGAACGGGCACCUGAGUAGAAUCACCGACGUUCCGUAAGCUAGCUGGAUAGCUUCCUCACAUGAAAUAAUCUAAAGUCUCUGUCGGGAUUCGAACCCCAUGCGGUGGGGGGCAAGUGGUUUGAAGUCAACGACCUUAACCAUUCGGCCACGGACGCCCCGCUCGUUUACUUAUAGUUAUACUAGUUUAUGAAUUUCCGAUCGAAAGUCAAACUAGGUUUAAAUAUAAAUAUAUAAUAUGAUAGAAGUCAUUAAGCGAAAUAUGGAUGCCGUAGAUCGUUUUGUUUUUGUGUACGUGUAUGUAUGUCCUUUUACUUUUGAAUUUUGUUUAAAACGCAUCGAAUAUUAGUAACGUUUAUAUGUUUGACAGUUUCUAAAAUAUGUUGUAGUUCCACUUAAUUGCCAUUGUUGCUAUCAAUUAUUUAAGAGUGUUUACAUUCAUUACAACAAAUGUAAUAAAAAUCUAUAUAUUUAUGAA